AUGUCUUUCUUGAAAAACGUCAACAGCUUGAAGCCCUUAUUCGACAGAGUCUUGGUGCAGAGAAUGAAGCCCGCCACCAAGACCUCCAGCGGUAUCUACAUUCCUGAGAAGAACCAGGAAAAGCUCAACCAAGCCACUGUGAUUGCCGCCGGCCCCGGUGUCACCGACGUCGCCACCGGCAAGUUGAUUCCCGUUGCGGUGCAGGCCGGCGACAAGGUUUUGUUGCCCAACUUCGGCGGUGCCCCCGUGAAGGUUGGCGAGGACGAGUACUUGUUGUUCAGCGACAGAGAGAUCUUGGCCAAGAUCGACAACUAG